AUGGCGGAGCGAAUUGAAAUCUUGAAGCGUUUGCAGCGAGGGGCAUUUUCUGACUUGAUGAAACUUAGAGACAGGAAGGACAAAGUGGAAAGAAUGCUUACUUUCUCUAGGACUUCAAAGGGGAGUCCAUUUCAAGAUGAUGGUACCAAUGUGAGGGGUGAGAUUUAUAUGAUGGGAACUUUAUUCUUAACGGAUUAUCUGGAUCAGGGGAAUGUUGAUGCAAUUAGAAGCACUGGAGUCAAAAUAGGAAUUAAUGCGAGAAUCUCCUUUGAGAUCAAAAUCCGUGAGAAAGAUAAUCUCGAGGUUGUGUUCAUUGCUAAUCAGAUUGACCACACACAGUCUAGCAGUAUUCUUGGAAGUGCUCUCUCUCUUGCUAAAGUAAGUUACACAUCAAACAUAACUGACUGGUGCUUGAUGGUUGCAAUUCCUUUGGGGGCUAGAUGUAGAGACUUGUCAAUUUCAACGGAUUCUUCAUUUCAGGAGAAAGGCCUUACUGAUUACUCAUCUUCUGGACCACCUUUGUUGCAUCAAGAUAAUAGAUGUGCAAUUGGUCUCUCAAUUAAAAAAUCAAACGUUGUUGCUUCUUUAGCUCAUUUUGUUGUUGAUCUACCUAGUUCAUUUGGAUAUUGUUUCAGCACCUUUGGCCAGAUCUUAUGUCAGCUCCCAAGGAGUGCAAAUCUCUCGUUGUUUAGUCUUCACCAAGUCCCUAAACCAAGACAACAAGCCAAUGCUGGAGCCUUGACAAUAGCACUGGGCAUUUGGUCACGCCAUCAACGUUCUGAGGAGUCAAUGACAGAUUUCGAGGAAACAGUAGCUGGAAACUCUGUUGCUCUGAUGCUAGAAUCUGAACUGGAUGAAAGCCCUAGAGUUCGAGGGUGGUUAAAAAUGAAGAAUGGCAAUCCAAAAUAUCUGCAGUGGUCAGUUAGCAUAUCUGAUUUUCCAGAAGAUGAGAUUGGAUGGGAUCUAAGUUUUGGAGGGACAAUUCAAGGUCCAAAUAGUUGGGACCAUUUUCAAGUUGAGGCGUUUCUUAAAUUCAAUAUGGGCACGAGAUUUAGUUUGCAACCAGCUUUUGUUUACCUCAUGGAUGGGAAUAACCAAAUUCUAGCUCUAAUGUGUCGUUCAACUUGGUCUAUUUGA